AUGCUCCUUCAUCAGAUCACUCUCAAGGGAAUUGAUGAUGAUGAUGAAGUCAAGGCCUUGUAUGAGGCGAUCUCCUAUACCAAUACCAGUCUUUGCCUUGCUUGCCCUCGAAAUUCCAAACCCAUUGGCACCCAAGACAUUGAGGGCAGCUACACCGCAAGGGUUGAAAGAGCCCUCCGUGACAUAGCCGAGGGCCGGUACAUUAAAGUCAUUCCAUUGCGCGCCUUGGAAGUUGAUGGGAAGAUUGACAUGCCCGCAACUUUGCUUGCUGGUCGUCAAUCAAACAAUCCUGCCCGAACCUUCUCUCUCAGUCAUGCAGGCUACCAGGCUACCGGGUUUAGUUCAGAGCUCGUGCUGUCAGUGGAGAAUGGAAAGGUGAGAACUGAACCGUUAGCUGGAACGCGAUCAGCCUUGGGAACGAAACAGGAAGUCGAGAAACUGCGAGAUGAACUGUUGAACGAUCCAAAAGAAAUCGCGGAGCAUGUCUUAUCUGUGCGAGAGGCGCUCGAAGAGCUUGGGCAACUGUGUCCAUCGGAUACUAUCAAGGUGAAUGAUCUCAUGUCCAUCAGACCGCGUGGCUCUGUUCAGCAUCUAGGGUCCAGUGUGUCUGAGACUUUGUUGCCCGAGAAAGAUAUGUGGGAUGCUUUCGAGGUCUUGUUCCCGUCAAUCACGGCAUCUGGUAUUCCCAAAAAGGCAGCGACUGAGGCCAUACAGAAUCUAGAGGAUGAGCCGCGAGAGCCGAUUACUCGAAGCAGCACUGGUCUUGCGCACUGUAUUCCAGGAUGA